UUUUUUCUCACACCAAAAACACACACUCACACAAAUCUCAUUCAAAUUCUCAGAUCCAAAAUUUAAUCAAUCAAAAAAAUGGCAAGAACAAAGCAAACAGCCAGAAAAUCAACCGGAGGAAAGGCUCCCAGAAAGCAAUUGGCAACAAAAGCCGCUCGAAAAUCAGCUCCGGCAACCGGCGGAGUGAAGAAGCCACACAGAUUCAGGCCAGGAACUGUGGCGUUGCGAGAAAUCAGGAAGUAUCAAAAGAGCACUGAGCUUUUGAUCAGGAAGCUGCCGUUUCAGAGACUCGUGAGGGAAAUCGCUCAGGAUUUUAAGACGGAUUUGAGGUUUCAGAGCAGCGCGGUGGCGGCGUUACAAGAAGCGUCGGAGGCGUAUUUGGUUGGGUUGUUUGAGGAUACGAAUCUUUGUGCGAUUCAUGCUAAACGAGUGACGAUUAUGCCCAAAGAUAUGCAGUUAGCUAGGAGGAUUAGAGGUGAAAGGGCUUAAUAAAUUUUAAUUCCGUUUUCAUAAUUAGAGAAUGUUAUUUGGGCUUUUUUUAUUAGUUUUUAAGUUGGUGUCUUUAUGAUGUGUUUUAAUGGAAUGGAAAAUUAACAAUGUUAUGUUGAAA